AUGGCCAUCAACAAGCUCACCGGCACCUUCAGCAACAACAAUGAGGAGGCCGUCCUGCACAAAGUUGCCCACCCAUUCAAUGCCUCUGCACCCCCCAUUCUUGCCCCCGGAUCCUUGUUUCUCAACAAUCCACCGGCCUCAGCCUGGGCUGCUGUCAUCCCUCAAAACCUUGCCAACGUCAACAACUUCAACAGCAUGCAUGUGCUUGGAAGGCAAUGCACUGGGGAGGUGAUCAUAGUCUGCUACCACAGGGCUGUGGGCAACAGCCAUGCCAACCAGGUCUAUGGCAUGAAAAUCAUCAAAUGA